UACAGGAAAAGAAAGAAGAGCCGCCCGAUGCGGUAUUACAAGACGAGGAGCUGCUUGCGACCACCAAUCUGGAACCCGAGCCAGAAGAAGUUCAAUACACUGACACUUCGUAUACUAGCGCCUCUUUCGAAUCUCUACCACAGGUUAUUGAAGAACCGAAAUCGAAAAAGAAAAAGGGGAAAAAGAAAGCUGAAGAAGCCGAAGAAACGGUUGUAAGAAAAACAAGCAGUGAACUAUUUCAAUGGUCUGAAGAAUCUCUACCGCAAGCAGAGGAAGAAAAGAAAGUUGAAGAGGAACAAGUUAUAGUGAAGAAGAAGAAAGGAAAGAAAAAAAAGGAGGAGAAAGAAGAUAUACCAGACUUUGAAAAGCCAAAUAAUUGGAAAAAGAUGAAUAAGAAAGAGAGAGAAGCUUGGCAGUUGGAGCGGUUAGAAGAAUGGCGUGCUGAGAUGGAAGCUGAGAAACAAGCGAAAUUAGCGGGAGCGAAAGAGAAAAGAUUAGCCCUGGCGCGCGAAAGAGCUGAACUGAUGGCGAAGGAUAAUGCUGAGCAGGAGAUAAGAAGAGACAUUCUUGCCAAAACUUGUAAUUUGUUUCAUAAAUUUGAGAAGAAAAAGUUCGAGUUCGGGAGGAAUAAGCAGCUUCAAGCAGAAUGGCAACAAUAUCUACGCUGUGACGGCCUUCCGGAUCCUCGCGUUGUGACUCAGAUGAACACAUACAUUCACGUUUGGCAGGAGAGUGGGGUGUGCGAUGAUGACGAGCUGGAUAGAAGAUUUUUGGAGACCUUACCUAUGCUGGAAAUGCUGGAAGAGUUCGUCGCCAAUUCCAGACAAUACACAGCUCUUCAGGCUCAAAGCUAUAAUGAGGUACGUCUAGCCCUGCGGGAACAACUCUCUCUCGCUAUACAAUGCGCAUCGUUCACGAUUCUGCGAGACUUGGAACACCGUCUGACAUGGAGCUCCAUCAAAUUGGCCACAUACCACAGGGAGUUCAAGGGGCUGAAGCUGAACAUCUGGGUCGCUGUGCCACUGCCGACAAAGAAACCUAAGCCAGUAGAAUCCGAACCUGAACCCGUAGAGCUAUCUUUCCCGUCAAUGUCUGUCGCUGUUAAACUACCAAAGAUUAUUGACGGAUCUUGCGUGUGUGUGCGUGCCGCUCGCUCGUCCAUUGAUCUGCUCAGCGAGAAUUCUAGAAGUUACCACUUGCUCAAUGAAAUCCCGAAUAGAUAUGAAGAUCUCUUCAUAUUCAACGUAAAAGAGCACAUAGAGACAUACAAAAUUAAAAAGGAACAAGAUGAGAUUAGAAACAAAUUCUACAAAGAGAUAAGGGAAAAGAUCAAAGAAGUGGAAAAUUUCUUGAAGGCAAACCCCUAUACUAAAAAUGAAAAAGAAAAGGACGAGCUGGACAAUCUCAACCUGGCCGAACCGCCGUUUUUACCGGACCCCAGAACGUCUAUUAGCGAACGAAAUGCGCUGGAUUUCACAAAAUAUCUGAAGUCAUGCAUGACGCGUACAAGAACUGGAGAAAUUAAUUUACGAAAAUAUAGAAUUUGCAGUGGUGUGUUGAACCUGGAUCUAUUGGUAACCCCACCCCAGCCAAAAAGGAUGAAAGGCGGAAUAUUCUUAACCACAUUGCAGCUCCCAAAGCAACUUCAACCUAUGAAAUAUCAAGUGCAAUACCGUGCCCCUUCCCCUCCCGCGCCCGGGGUGACCCGGACCCCGGAGGAAAUUGAAGCGGAAUUGAAGAAAAUUGAGGCUCAGUAUGAAAAACUCGCUUUGGUUUGCAUUGACCUCCCGCAAAACGUGAUGUGGACAGACCCGCCCGUGGUCUGCCAGUGGCAGGAGCCGAGAAACCUGUGGACCUCCAACUACAUCAACGACUACAAGUUCAACGAGGACAAACUGACUGUGCAGUUCAGGACUGGAGUGCUUUGGCCCAUCGGUAUAGCGACGCUUCGAUAUGGAAAUAUGCCGUAUCAAGGUUGGGACAUGAAACCGGACCCUGAGGGUAAAGGCGUUAUAAUCACGGUGACGGGCGUUUGCAUAACCGUGACCUGGCUGUGCAUUGGCAACAAGGUGCAACUGAAGUGGAUAGCCAACGCGACAACCAGUGCGCUGAAGGAGCAUUUCAAUAAACCCUACAAUGUGAAGAGGAUGGUUCAGAUAAUGCGCGAGGCCGCUUGUGACUUCUUCCCGGACUUCGACGCGCACAACCAAAUCGAAGCCACCUGCCCAAAAGAGUGGGUGAUGGAGAGGCACAACUACCACGCCAUGGCCUUCCUAUCCAGGGCGUACAACUUCCAAUGGAGCAGGUGGAAUGUCGGAGCAGGAAACCGUAGUAUUGUCAUGCAGAUCCGAGAAGCCGUCGAUAAGCAAAGAGAGGCGAAAUUCCAACUUCUGCAAGUGACACCGCAGCGUGCUACCAUUCUAAAAUGCAUGGAGCUAUCUCAAGAAUUUAGUGCGGAACCAAUUGUCGGAUUACAGUUUUACCCAGACCUCUUCACACUGAACAUGUCUUACGGGUCCGUGGACGCGCGUCGAACAUCCUUCAAUAUGAAAUAUCGACUUGUUGAGACCGUUUUCGAUUUACUGCAGGAGUUAAAAGUGUGCAGCUACUCUUAAAUAGACGGAAAUAAAAAACUAAAAUUUAUUUAAAAUUUUACUGAUCACAAUAUCACAUUUCUAAUAUUUCAAUAGUAUUUUGUGUUGCUAUUAAUUCUCUCUUUCAAAAAGCUUUUAAACUUAAGUUACUUACUAUUUCUUUAAAAAAAGUUUGAAGUUAUUAUGCA